UUUUAUUUACUUAUUUAUUUAUAUUUGUAUAAUGUAUAUUUAUAAAAUGUUCCUAAUAUUAGAAAGUUAACACUUCCCUUUUUCAAAUAUUUAGAUUUUUAGCCUUUUUUUAUAUAGCACUCAAUAAAUAAGGGAUAAAUAUGCUUUUUGAAAUUGGUUGCCUGAUUUGUGUGGCUAUGUUAUGGGGUUUCACGAACCCAAUGAUUAAAAAAAACUCACAAUCCAUCACCAAAGUAAAAGCGCCCAAUGUGAUCAAACAAUUCUUAUUAGAACUCAAAUACCUGGCGACCAAUUUACAGUAUCUGAUUCCAAUGGCUUUCAACCAAACUGGAUCGAUUUUAUAUAUAUUUACACUGCAAAAUGUCAGUUUGACUUUGGCCUCUCCCCUUACCAACACUCUAACCUUCAUUUUUACUGCCAUAGCCGAUGCCUAUUUAGAGAAAACUUUACCCUCUAAAAAAACUCUGCUGGGUGUCGCUUUAAUUCUCUUUGGAACAUUUUUAUGCUGUUACAGUAAAGGGGAAUAGAUGAAAAAACUAAAGUAGAGAUGGAACAGUAUUUUCUUAAUAAGUCAGUAUUCUUGGGACCUGAAUAAAAAUACUAUUAGGGAGGAAAUAAUAUGUCUUAAUUUUCUCCGGUAUCUACAGUAUAUACUAUUGUUGUUUUAUCAAAGAAAAUGUGCAUUUUGGUUGUAUAAUAGGCUGAAAGUAGCACUUUCUUUUAGUAAAUAAUUCUUUGCUCAAUUUUACCUACCUUAAUACAUUAAAUUAUUGUAUUUUUACAUGAUAAAUAAAUGCAGUAUUUAUUGUUAAUUUUAAAAUAA